AUGGCGCCUCGUGGACCCGGUCGGGGACGUGAGAGAGAUCGUACUAGUACACAGGAACCGGAAAUCAACUCGAAUAACCCGAUAAACCUUAUGGCGGCAUUGGAGAAUAUGGCUGCUUCUAUGCAGGCCACUACGGAGGCCCUUGGGCAACAGAUAAACAAUAAUGGCAAUGGCGGAAGGGAAGCUCAGGGCCCGAUGACACUGGCAACUUUCUUAAAGGUUAACCCACCAAAGUUCAAGGGAACCACCAAUCCGACUGAAGCUGAUACUUGGUUUCAAGCCAUGGAACGAGCACUGCAAGUGCAGUUGGUGCCUGAAGAGCAGCACAAAUUUGAGGAGCUAUUCAGAUUUUCCCGCAUGUGUCAUGGAGCUCCGGAAGACUUCGAGGAAUGGAAAUGCAUUAAGUAUGAAGGAGGGCUUCGGAGCGACAUCUUAAGUUCAGUGGGACCAAUGGAGAUCCGAACUUUUUCAGAGUUAGUGAAUAAGAGCAGAAUUACUGAAGAGUGUGUGAAAAGGAGGGUUGCAGAGGAAGGAAGUCAUAGAGAGCACAACCAAGAAUUCGCACCAAGGGGUCGAGAGUUUAAGGAGAGGGGAUACAUACAACACUUUCCCCAAGGACGGAAUAACUUUGCGACGAGUGAGGAGUCCCAAAGGAAUGGUAAGGGAAAACGGGCAGCGGCUGCUUCUAAUGUUUUGAGCUGUCAGAGGUGUGGAAGUCAUCACCUAAAUAGGCCAUGCCGAUUGGGGUUAGGCGUAUGUUACAAGUGCGGGUUACCAGGGCAUGUAUCAAGAAAUUGCCAACAAGGAGAGAGUCAGAAUGCGGGCCGAUUGCGGCAGUAA